AUGGACGAGUUCCACCCCGUCUUGGCGCGCAUGCGCAUCGCCGCCCUCCAGUCUGAGAUCAUCUCCAAGACCUGCCCGGCAAACGGCUUCGUCCGCUCCCAGCGCAGCAAGGUCACGGUCGUCAAGGACGCCUCGGGGGGGUGGAAGCUGGGCAAGAAGAGGGUCGUGAGGGCGCGGUCGAAUUCCACGUCUAGUGUUUCGUCGAGCUAG